UCAACGCAAAUGAAGCUUGAAAGCCUGUCCUUGUCUGGGAGUCAAGUGCUGCUACACCCCAUUCAGAACAACUGAGGCAGAGCUGACUACAUUCGGUUGACUUUUGUUGUAUACACUGGGCACAACUAACACUAAAAUACAGUAAGGUUCUCUAUCUGAUAGUUUGCUGUUACACUGGUGCUUUUAUACUUUUGCUGGCUCAAAUUUACCCUUGUUCAGUACCCAAUAGCACCCAAACAGCAUUUCACCAUUGCUACAGGAAGAAUAAUAAUGAGACUAACAAGCAAAUAACAACGAAAAGGGACAGUACAUGUAAAAACAAGAAGUGUAAGUUCUCACCAUACAUGAUAUCUGGAAGAUGUAAAGUAACCGUUUUGACACAGGAGAAUGCAGAAGGAAGGGCUGACAUGAGUUGUAUUUAGAAAAAAAGAGCGGCCAGUACUUUACUGCUCUGAAUGGAAAGGAAAAUAUAACACUAAGUACAUGAACAAACGCCCCAUCCUGUAACAAAAAGAACUUGGAAGGAUUCUACAAUGGAAUAUUCAGGAUAUGGAGAGAUCCCCACUGGCAUCACAAUGUCCAACCUUACCAACAACUCUAACAGCACAUGCUCUCGGGAUUUCCAUACCAACACAGUUAUUUUUUCGGUGCUCUACACUGUUCUGUUCAUUGUUGGAGUAACAAUGAAUGGGUUGGCAGUGCGUGUGUUUUUCCAAAUACCAAGUAAUUCAAAUUUUGUUAUAUUCUUGAAGAAUUCAGUCAUUUCUGAUUGUCUUAUGAUCAUGACUUUUCCAUUUAAGAUCCUGAGCGAUUCAAGACUUGGGCUGUGGAAAUUAAAGGGCUUUGUGUGCCAAGUCACAUCUGUGAUAUUUUAUUUUACAAUGUACAUCAGUAUUAUAUUCCUUGGUCUUAUUACAAUUGAUCGCUAUCUAAAAACAGUCAGGCCAUUUCACAACUCUCACGCAACAAACCUGCGUCGAGUCAAGAUUAUGUCGACUUUAAUAUGGAUUAUUAUGUUUUCAAUUUCCCUGCCCAAUAUGAUUUUCACUAGCAAGACUCAAACGCCACAAAGUGUAAAAAAAUGUUACCUGCUUAAGUCUGAUUUUGGAUUAGUGUGGCAUGAAAUUGUGAACUUUAUAUGUCAAUUCAUUUUCUGGGUUGUAUUUGUGAUUAUAGUGGUAUGUUACCUUCUUAUAACUAGAAAACUCUUACAGUCAUACAAGAAAACUAGAAGUGAAAGAACAACAUCUAGAAGAAAAGUCAACAUCAAAGUGUUUAUCAUUAUUGCUGUGUUCUUUGUUUGUUUUGUUCCAUUCCACUUUGCUAGGAUACCGUACACCUUAAGCCAGACAAGAGAUGUUUUUAAGUGUUCAGCAAAGAUGACUCUUUUCUAUGUCAAGGAGAGCACCUUGUGGUUAUCUUCUCUAAAUGCAUGCCUCGAUCCUUUCAUCUACUUCUUCCUCUGUCGAUCAUUUAGAAACUCGCUGGUCACUAUGUGGAGAAAAAGGCCGGCCUGUGUCUUGUCUUAUGCCAGACCAAGAAAUGAGAAACGAUUCAAAAUAAGGAGAGAGGAGACAAAUAUUUAGAAAAAAUAAGGUGUCCUUUCUGCUACUUUAUAGUGGAGUUGCAUUAUAAACCACACUUACUAUCUCAGGUCAAUUUAUUUAUUAACAUUUGUCUACUAUUAAAUAGUCAUUUAAUCUCAAUGUAUCAAUUAAUAAUGACAUGUAAGCUCUUUAAACCUUGUCCCGGUGUGAAUAAAAAUUUGCAUGGUU